AUGUCCUCUUGUCAUUCUACAGACAGCAACUUCAUCCUCGCGAACGCCCAGGUGGCCAAGGGGUUCCCCAUAGUCUACUGUUCUGAUGGCUUCUGUGAGCUGGCUGGAUUCGCCCGGACUGAAGUCAUGCAGAAGAGUUGCAGCUGCAAAUUCUUAUUUGGAGUCGAAACCAAUGAGCAGCUGAUGCUUCAAAUAGAAAAGUCGCUGGAGGAGAAAACAGAAUUCAAAGGAGAAAUUAUGUUCUACAAGAAGAACGGGUCUCCAUUUUGGUGCCUAUUGGAUAUUGUUCCUAUAAAGAAUGAGAAAGGAGAUGUGGUACUUUUUCUGGCCUCAUUCAAAGACAUAACAGAUACAAAAGUGAAGAUUACUCCAGAAGAUAAAAAAGAAGACAAAGCCAAAGGAAGAUCAAGGGCAGGGACCCACUUUGACUCAGCCCGGAGACGGAGUCGAGCGGUCCUUUAUCACAUCUCUGGGCACCUGCAAAGAAGAGAAAAGAACAAACUGAAAAUAAAUAAUAAUGUUUUUGUAGAUAAACCAGCGUUUCCGGAGUAUAAAGUUUCUGAUGCAAAAAAGUCCAAAUUCAUACUUUUGCAUUUUAGCACUUUUAAAGCUGGCUGGGACUGGCUUAUUCUAUUGGCGACGUUUUAUGUUGCCGUGACUGUACCUUACAACGUUUGCUUUAUUGGCAACGAUGAUCUGUCCACGACGCGGAGCACAACAGUCAGUGACAUUGCAGUGGAGAUCCUUUUUAUCAUAGAUAUUAUUUUAAAUUUCCGAACAACCUAUGUCAGCAAGUCUGGCCAAGUUAUCUUUGAAGCAAGAUCAAUUUGCAUCCACUAUGUCACAACCUGGUUCAUCAUUGACUUAAUUGCUGCCCUGCCUUUUGAUCUCCUGUAUGCUUUCAACGUCACAGUGGUGUCUCUCGUGCAUCUCCUGAAGACCGUCCGGCUGCUGCGUCUCUUGCGUCUCCUGCAGAAGUUGGACCGCUAUUCCCAGCACAGCACAAUCGUCCUGACUCUGCUCAUGUCCAUGUUUGCACUCCUUGCACACUGGAUGGCGUGUAUCUGGUAUGUCAUUGGAAAAAUGGAGAGGGAAGACAACAGCCUUCUGAAGUGGGAAGUUGGUUGGCUCCAUGAGUUGGGAAAGAGACUAGAGUCUCCAUACUACGGCAACAAUACCUUGGGGGGCCCGUCCAUCCGAAGUGCCUAUAUUGCCGCUCUGUACUUCACUCUCAGCAGCCUCACCAGUGUUGGGUUUGGGAAUGUCUCUGCUAAUACAGAUGCGGAAAAGAUCUUCUCCAUCUGCACCAUGCUGAUCGGCGCCUUGAUGCACGCCUUGGUGUUUGGAAACGUGACCGCGAUCAUACAGAGGAUGUAUUCCAGAUGGUCCCUCUAUCACACUAGAACUAAGGAUCUGAAGGACUUUAUACGAGUCCAUCACCUGCCCCAGCAGCUCAAGCAGAGGAUGCUCGAAUAUUUCCAAACAACCUGGUCAGUCAACAAUGGAAUAGAUUCAAAUGAGCUUUUGAAAGACUUUCCAGAUGAGCUGCGUUCUGACAUCACUAUGCAUUUGAACAAGGAGAUCUUACAGUUGUCCCUUUUUGAGUGUGCCAGCCGGGGCUGCCUCAGGUCUCUGUCUCUACACAUCAAAACCUCUUUCUGUGCUCCGGGGGAGUAUCUGCUGCGUCAAGGAGAUGCUUUGCAGGCCAUCUACUUUGUAUGCUCAGGCUCCAUGGAAGUUCUUAAAGACAGCAUGGUGCUGGCUAUUCUUGGGAAAGGAGACUUAAUUGGAGCAAAUCUAUCAAUUAAGGACCAAGUGAUCAAGACCAACGCAGAUGUGAAGGCUUUAACCUACUGUGAUCUUCAGUGCAUCAUCCUCAAAGGACUCUUUGAAGUGCUAGACCUUUACCCAGAAUAUGCUCACAAAUUCGUGGAAGAUAUUCAGCAUGACCUCACAUACAACCUUCGAGAAGGUCACGAGAGUGAUGUGAUAUCAAGAUUAUCGAACAAAUCUACAGUCUCACAGUCAGAGACCAAGGGAAAUGGCAGCAUCAACAAAAGACUCCCGUCCAUUGUGGAAGAUGAGGAAGAGGAGGAGGAAGGGGAGGAAGAAGAGACAGCCUCCCUCUCUCCCAUCUACACAAGGGGAUCCUCCUCUUCACGCAGCAAGAAGGUGGGAAGCAGUAAAAGCUAUCUGGGCUUGAGCUUGAAGCAGCUGGCCUCAGGAACAGUGCCGUUUCACUCACCUAUCAGAGUCUCCAGUUCAAAUUCCCCCAAAAACAAACAGGAAACUGACCCCCCUAACCAUGGAAAAAGGAAAGAGAGAAACUUGAAAUUGCAACUUUCGGCUUUGAAUAGUUCUGGACCCCCAGACCUCAGUCCAAGGAUCGUUGACGGAAUUGAAGAUGGAAACAGCAGUGAGGAAAGCCAGACUUUUGACUUCGGCUCUGAACGCCUCAGACCAGAGCCCAGAGUUUCUCCUCCUCUAGGAGACUCAGAGAUUGGAGCUGCUGUUCUCUUCAUCAAAGCAGAGGAGACCAAGCAGCAAAUAAAUAAACUCAACAGUGAGGUGACGACAUUGACUCAGGAGGUCUCCCAGUUAGGUAAGGACAUGAGGAAUGUGAUGCAACUUCUGGAAAACGUUCUGUCACCCCAGCCGCCGUCGCGGUUUUGCUCUCUGCACACCACCUCUGUGUGUCCCCCCAGGGACAGCUUACAGACCAGGACGACCUGGAGUGCGCACCAGCCUUGCCUACACUUACAAGCAGGUGGAGCUGCUUAUACUCAAGCACAACUCUGUCACGGUAAUGUCACCUCAGACAUUUGGAGUGUGGAUCCCUCCUCUGUGGGGAGCAGCCCCCAGCGAACUGGAGCUCAUGAGCAAAAUCCUGCAGACAGUGAACUUUACCACUCUCCGAACCUCGAUUAUUCACCUGCCCACUGCCAGGUUGUCCAGGAAGGUCACUUGCAAUUUUUAAGGUGCAUCUCUCCACAUUCAGAUUCCACACUGACGCCUCUGCAGUCCAUCUCCGCGACUCUCUCGUCCUCCGUCUGCUCUUCGUCGGAAACCUCUUUGCACCUGGUUCUCCCCAGCAGAUCGGAGGAGGGCAGCUUCAGCCAGGGAGCCACGAGCCCCUUCAGUCUGGAAAACCUGCCGGGAUCUUGGGACAGGGAAGGAGCGGCCUCAAUCUCUACUGAACCCUUGGAGAACUUUCCACUGGAAGUUGUCACAAGCACAGCAGAAAUGAAAGAUAAUAAAGCCAUAAACGUAUGAUAUUCGCACGUGCGGCAGCUGCCAGUCUCAAACCCACCACUGCAUGACAGCUUUAGUUUGCCUUUUUUGCCCGGGCAGGUGUGAAGACUGGGCAAAGCGGGGGGGGGGUCCCGCGGGAGAGCACCGUCAGAAGCCAGCCAGAGGCACAGCCACAUCCGUGCCGUAGCAAACACUUGCCAGACCCUAGAAACCUAGCAGAAGCAGUUUCCUCUACAGGUAUUCACUUCCUGGUCUGUGUGACUGACUUUUUAAAAGUCCAGAGACCCCGAGGGUCUGAGCAGCUAGAAGUCCCAGACAAAGAAUUGGUGGAUUCGUUUUGUCCUAGGUGACUUUUGUGAAGUGCAGCGAAGGUUUUCCUGAGUGCCUGUUUGUCAUUCCCGAACAAUAUCCAUAGCUCUGGUGGCCUCGGGAGUGCACAGCUCCCGCUGAUCUAUUUUUCUUUUUGUGAAGGCAAAGGGACAAUUAUCACUGCAUGUCAUCUAGACAAUCAGUCAAAUAGAGCUGGUGGCCAGUGGUUAGCUAUUGCACGUUAUUUGCCAUGUAAAUGAACAUGUCUUUAUUUAUCAGGAAAAAAAAAAAAAGAGAGGCUAUUUUUAUAUCCUUGGUAUGAAAUAUGUAUUUAAACUAUUUAAAAUAUUUAUAAAGAAAUGAAUGUUUUCUUUUCAUUUUGGUAAAAAAGAAAAAGCUUGCCGUUUUAACAAGAAAUGCACUACCGUUAUUAUGUAUAGUAGAUCAAAAAUUAUUUAUUAAGAGGAUGUAGUUUCAAAAGGAACCCGCCUUUUAUCUGCAUGCGGUUUGCAACAAAUGUACCCUCACGCUUCGGGAUUACAAAAGAGCCGUGAGGUCAUAUUUUAUUAAUGAAAUGAAAACAUAGACUGAGUGUCAAAUAUGUGGGCUUUGGCACGGUGGUAGGGAAGGCUCCACCUAGUUAGUCUCCGCUGAUUCACACCAACGACCUGAAUUAAGGCUGCCCCACUGUGCUAGCAUAAAUAUCUCUCCUCCAGGCAUCAAACUCAGUGUUGUUCAGGUACCCAAAUUUGGUGUGUGGAAUAUCAGAUCACAACUCCUGUAAGCCAUUUUGGCCUCAAAAUGAGGGAGAGAACCUUGGCUGUAUCCUUCCUCUGUGCUAUGCUUGCAGGAGAGGUUGUAGACCAGUGAAAAUUCCAAAAUGGAGCCAAGACUUCUGAGCAAUGAUUUGUGAGAGUGAAGCCAGCUUACAUCGGAUCAGCGUUUUCAUUGUUGUUUCUGUAAAGUUCUCAACAAUGCCAUAAGUUAUGCGGAGCAGGUGUUUCCAUUCUCAUUUCGCAAACAGAAAAAAAAAAAAAAAAAAGUAGUAACAGAGAUUACAGAGCUCAGAUGCCGGAGAUGGUCUAGAACCUAUAAUGCUCCCUGCAUCUCAGCCAACAUGCAAAUUCAGAUGCUGGCUUGGUAAUGAUUUAAACGCCUUCACUCAACUUUUAUCUUGAUGUUUGAAAACAUUUAAGGCCAAAUCAUCCCAGACAUUCUUAGAAAACAUCGCAUUUAUGUUCUGUAGUCCCCCCUGUUCUUACUUCGCAUCACAAAGAAUAAACGAUCCAAGAAUUGUAUCAUUAAAAACAACUAAACAAACUAAAACUUCUGAUGUGUGAGUCUUGUACCCUAAAAUUGGCUACAGCAGCAGAAAGAAAUAUGUAAGGAAAAGGGAAACAGUAUAUGUUUACCAGGCAAGUUACUCAAGACAAUGCCUUCUACUUCUCCACUGCCAAAAUUCAAUCUCUCCUUACCUACGUGAAUGGAAAAUUUAGGCAAAGGCGAUUUUCUAGAUUUAAUGUAUUUAUGUUUGUAUUCAUUUGUAUUCUCCUUUUAGCUCAUCCUGACCUAGAUAAUCAUUUUAAGUACCAUUCAAAAAGAACUAACCGGUGUUAGUGUGUGGCAGGCUACCAACUACUAUUACUGAUGCUGACAAAUAAUGACUGGCAUUCUGUGUUUUGAGUAGUGACUAUGUACCAACAGAUGUUUAGAAAUGAACACAUGUUAUGUUUCCUCAUAUAAUAGCCAAUGCUAAAAGUGACUUACUAUUAUCCCCAUUUUGUAAAUGAAUAAUUGGGCCACGGACUUCUUUUAACUUGUCCAGUCACAUUGUUUUAAAUGAUAAACCGAAUACCCCCAUGGCCGCUCUGGGUACCCUUCCCUUCAUGUCCAAAGCUAUUCUUGCUGUCUUUUUUAAAACUUUACCAGUAACUAAUUCUUUUUGAAGUCUGUGAAUAAUAAAAUAUCUGUUUUUUAAGGAA